ACCUGGGACGGAUGCCAAUGCUGGUACAGGACAGCCUGGACGAGGCCAUGACCGCUUUGGUACAGAAGGUCAUCGAUCAGCUCAUGAGAUUUGCCGGGAACUCGAUGACGGACGACGGACCCGGCUGCAAGGCGGUGCCACCUGCGGGCGACACCAACACUGACCCCAUCUGCUCCACCAAGGCUGACCUGAUGGCCGUCAUGGACCCCUCGCAGGGGGACUCCAGCCUGCAGGCGCAGAAGGUCUUCCUAUCAGAGAUGGCGCUGGCCAUGGACAUCGGGUGGAACAAGUCGUACGUGCAGGUGGUGAGCGGGGUAGACGGCCAGGUGCUGCUGGAUAAGUGGAACUAUACCAACAAGGCUCGCCUGGCCUGCGACGCCCAGCACAUCAGUGUGCCGUCCGGCCAGCUGGACCUGAUGCAGACGCUCGAUGCGCUGAUCACCUACUACGGCAACCUCCUGGACCAGGAGCGGUCAGACAUGACGGCCCGAUCCAACACACAAGUACUGCUGCUCAUGCGAGCGAGUACUCGGAUCGAUAACGAGGAUGACGUGGCGUACAAGCUGAACACGCUGUGCGACAUGUUCCCAGACCUGAACAUCUUCACGCUCACGGACAACCCAAACGUAUUCAGCGGGGUGCAGCAGAAGAUGGACCGGCGUCAAUUCCUCAGUGAUAACAUGUUUACCACCGAGUCCAGCCAGCAGGGCAUACGCGACACGUUGGUGCCCAAAGUCAAUUCGCAAAUGUGCCAGACUCCGUCGCGAUUCGUCUAUCCGGCCUGCAACACGGACAACCUGGGAUACACGUACAACGAGAACAAUCACGAGUACACCCACUUUAUCACGCCCGGACGUGUGGCCUACCUGCGCUUGGGGCCGGAGCAGUUUUUCUCCAGCAGCGACCUCAAGCUCCAGUUCGAGUCAACGUUCGGCUCGCUGCAGUUCUGCAUCAGCCGUGAGGAUCCAAUGCCGGCCGACGGAGGCGACGACGUCACCUGCAUGUCCACCGAAUCCGUUUCUACCAGCCAAGUGGAGUUUACCUUCAACGCACCCUGCAACGAAGAUCAGAUGAACGGUGACUGCCCACCUUUCUAUAUCUCCAUCCAGCAGAACCCGGCCUCGACCAGUACCGACAACGUCAACCUGUGCUCAGACGACGAGUGCCCGUUCCCGAAUAGCAUCCGCUACACGCUGAAGCACGAGAACAUGCGCUGCAACAGCGUGAGCUCGCUGGCCGUACCGGCGUUUCUGCUGGCCGCUGCGGCCCUCCUCCGUCAGGUGGCGCAGUAGGCGCGGCGCCGAACAGCGCGCCUGCGGCGGAGUGCUGCGAUGCUGGCGGCGUCCCAAGCGCGCGCGGGAGGGCAAGCUGACCCAGCCAGUUAAAUGUGCGUGUUGAAUGGACAAGAGGACGUAGCACUAAUGGCCGGCGGGAGCGAAUACGGGCGUGCGUGUGUCGAAGGGCGAACAUUUUUUGACGCGUCUUCUUAGGGUACUUUUGUUGUCAGUGACUGGUGACUUAGAUUGUAGAACCUAUCUAUGAUUCGCAUGCCAACAGUGCA